AGCUGGAGACGGUGAACUCUGUCUGUCCUCCCCCAGAACACGAGGUCUCAAGUCCUUUGGGCUACACCCGCAGCUCAGCGCGGACCAUGUGCUCUUGACACUGGGAGGCAGGGUGGGUGGGUAUCCACACUCGAUGAAACCUCCUUCUCCGCCACAAGAACUGUCACACAACGCAGAGAGGACUCCAGGGGCGCGGCGAACCCUCGCCCCUCACUCCUCUUCCCCUUGGAGACGCGCCGCGCGGCCAAUCACCGGGCACUUCGCCCUCCCGCCACACGGCGGCGCUCGCGAGGGCGCGGCGGCCGAUGGUACCGUCCGCUCUCCCCGCGCCCUCCGCACAGUGGGUCCUUCCAGUUGUAGAAAAGCAUUGUGGGAGGGCAGUGCGGCCUCUCCUGCCUCCGCGCACCGGUCGGGACGUGCUGUGCGCGUGGUUCAAGGAUGGCGAGUGUUUGUGGGCUCGCUGGGCCUCCGACGGCCAGGACGCCGGGCAGGGACUCGCGCCGUCCGAGCCUGGGGACGCGCCCGCGGCGGCCCUGCUGGCCCGAGGUUCUGGGCCCUGAACACGUUGGGGACAGCGGCCGGGUGUGGCCGCGGCCACGUUGUCCGGGGAACCUCAGCGGGCCCCGGAGCGGCCCCCCGUCUGCGCUCCUGCAUCCCCACGCCGGGAAGUAGGGAGAUGGGUUUGAAUGCGUUUAAGUUUGUUGGUCACCCCCUGUAUGCCGGGGAGUUUUUAAUAGAAGCGGGGAUUUCGCUCGUGUGCAAGGGAAAGGCCUCACCGUCCGACUGCCUGCGUGCCCGCCCUGCCGCGGUGUGACGUCCGUCGGCGGACAAGGAAAGUGCCUUUCAGGUUUAGAUCUUGACAGCCGUUUCGAGGCGCAGAACUUGGCAGAAAUCGAAUGAGUAUCACCAACUUUGCAGGUGAAAGAUGGCUGCUGGAAGCAUAGACCGCUACUUGCCAAGUAGUGUCUGGGAGCACAACGGUGACUGACCUAAGGAUGUCUUCGGUGAGGAAUUUGAAAAUUUGAUCUUCACAGGAGUUGCUUGGAUCAUUUAAAGUUUCCAGGAGCCUGAGGUGUAUUGAAAUUAUUGCCCUUGGACAGUCCAUAAAUAUACAUUUUAAAUGGUGGGGCUAUGAAUAAAUAAUUCAAUGUGCUUCUUGGA